AUGAGUUGCAAAAAGGUGAUAGGAUGUUGGAACGACAUGGAGGAGAUCAAACAUUUACUUUGUGCCAUGGAGUGCUGCCAAUGCCCGUGUCCUCCACCUCCUCCGAUAUGCUCUCUCUUGCUACCCCCGAGGAUCGAGGAGCUACCAGCUGUUUGUCCGCCUCAGAGACCUUGUUGUCCACCGCGACCCUAUUGUCCGCCACCGCCUUGUUGUCCGCCCCCUUGUCCGAUAGUGCCACUCUGUUGUGGACCAACGCCUAUCUGUUGUAAAGUACCGAUAAUAACUUCUCCUUGCUGCCCUUCGCGAGUCUGCCACCCGCCCGCACCUUGCACGCCACCCUGUUGUACACCUUCCCCAAUGCCUUGUUACUCAGGUUCUACGCGAAUGUUACGAGAAGAUUUUGUGCAGACGAUCAACUGA